AUGUCUGCCUCUCGAGAGGACCAAUUGACCUACUUGUUCGGUCACGCUACCAGCGAAUCGGAGCGGUGAGUUUGGGCGUGCGUGCGUGCGUGCGUGUGAUGGACGAGCGCUUGAUUUGGAAUGGUGGCGGAUGAGAAUCAUCCUCACCAUACGUUUGUCAUGAUAGGAGCCGUCUGGAGACCUCAACAUCAGACCAAGGCGUAUGCUUUGCGCGAAAGCCGAACAGCAGACUCAAAUGCUCCGCGAUCGCCAAUGCUUCCUCAGCGCUCCGCUUCUCGCUCGCGCGUUUCGAUUGCUCGCUCUGCUCGCGCGCUGACCUCUCGCCCCGCUUCUCGCUCCGCGCGCUCGCCCUGCCUCGCCGCACGCCAGUCUGAACUUUCAGCAGGAACUCUUCAACGCUCUAUUUCCUGGACGCGAAUACGUCCACUCGACCGAGUACGAUGUCAGUCGAGCUCAUCGCGUGCUCGACACGGCCACGGGCACAGGCGUGUGGUUAGAGAGAUUGGCUAGAGACGGUCAGGGUGGCAAGCGACUUCCGGCAAACGUGCAGCUGGAAGGCAGCGACAUUGUGCUGGACAAGGUGACGGCCAAGGAUACGCCCAUCGAUUUCAGCGUGCACGAUGUGCUUCAGCCCUUUCCGCAAGAGCAGCACGGCAAGUACGACUUGGUUCAGAUGCGAUACGUCAUCAUGGCGAUGAAUUCGGAGCAGUACGCCACUGCUAUACGAAAUCUCUACGCCCUCUUGAAGCCCGGUGGCACGCUUCAAGUCGUCGAGCUGGACCCGCGACCCCCCGCACCGCGCAACGAGACGGAGCACUUUAUCAAGGACAUGUUCGACGGCUUGUGGUCGCGCGCCAACAAGGAUCCUCCUGGCAUUUGUAGGGACAUGCAAGCGCAUCUCUGCACCGCAGGCUUUUCGAGCGUCGAUGUGCAAACCUCGCCUUGGCCGUGGGGUCGCGUUGCGCAAGAGAUGGGCUUGAGCGAAGAGGUGAUGCUCAAGUCUGUCGCGAAUACGACUUUUGCAUUCAAAGCUCUCAAGGGACCGAUUCUAUUCUUUGCAGACAAGGCGCCCGUCGCCGGCGUAACGAGCGAGGCCAUCUUUGAUCAAAAAGCCGAGGACAUUAAGCGCUUCUAUCUCGAGAUUGGAUUUUCUAGCGACUU